AUGUCAUACCUCACUCGGUCAUCAGCUUCCCUGCGGACUGCUGCAAGAGCGGUCUCAUUUAGGUCAAUUGCAGCCAUUCACACCUCGUCAGUACGUCUGGCAUUGAGUGAAGACCAUGCUCACAACGAAGGCCGAGCUGCCGACAUCGAACGCCACAAGUCCGACAGCGUCGAGAAAGCCAAAACUGGUCGAGGAGAAUGGAAGCCCGAGCUGGCCUCUCAAAGCGAACAAGCUACCCGUGGUGACAAACAUAACCUGACAAUGGAGCAAAUGCAAAAGAUGACCAAGGAGAAGGCUGAGCAGGACGGCAAGCAAAAGUAA